AUGGCUCCCAAAUCUCUUGAUCUCGUCGCUGACGACUACCACUUUUUGGGUUCUCAAUUCACAAAACCUGUCCCUCUACCCAAGGACCUCUCCCUCACAGAAAGCACCAUCAUCAUCACCGGUGCAAACACAGGCAUUGGCUAUGCUACAGCAGAGAAACUUCUGUCUCUAAAUCUCAAGCGUCUCAUCAUUGCUGUGCGGACUGUCUCAAAAGGCGAGUCUGCCGCCGCCAAACUGCGCACCCAAUACUCCAACGCUGAGAUCCUCGUCUGGCAAGUCGACAUGCUCUCUCACAAGAGUGUCCAGGACUUUGCCGACAAGUGCAAAACUCUCGAUCGAAUUGAUCUCGCUAUUUUGAACGCUGGGUCUCAGUGGACCAGGUUUGAGCUCAGUCCUGAAGGCCAUGAGUCUUCUUUCCAGGUCAACUACCUGUCCACCGUUUUGCUCGCAACUCUUCUUCUUCCCACACUCAAACAAAAGGCUCCCGCUGGUCAACCGGGACGUCUCACGAUUGUCAACUCGGGGACUUCGCUGCUGGCAGAAUUUCCCAAUAUUAACGACGAUAAUGUCCUGGCGUGCUACGACGACGAGACCAAGUUCUCUGGGGGGGUUAACAACCUACCCUCAUACGCCAAGUCCAAAGGUCUCGCGCACUUUUGGGUUUACAAACUUGCUGAGCGUCUAAGUGCUGAUGAUGUAGUUGUCAACCUCGUUGAUCCAGGGCUGGUGAGAAGCACGGAUCUCCAGCAGCAGAGCAACUUUGUGUUUCAGCUGGUCCUGGCUGCAGUGAAGUGGCUUAUUGCGCGGAGCUUGGAGCAGGGCGCGAGUACACUUGUUCAGGCUGGUGUUGUGAUGGGGAAGGAGAGUCAUGGUUCGUAUAUCAUGGAUUGGAGAAUUCAUCAGUGA